AACGAAGGCUAUAUUAGAUUCUUACAGAAGUUUAUGAUGACCAGUCAGCUUUACAGAGGCUGGUAUGGAGGAAGCUGGAGGUUUGUCAUCUACAGAAAGAAACUGCACUUAUACAGCAAUUUUAUGUUUCUAUAAUAAUAUUUAGAUUAAUAUUAUACCAUUGAUUCAGCACUGUAAACAUCAGUUUUUAUAUUGUGCUGGUAAUUCUUUGAGCAGAGCACUCUCAGGUUGCUUACACUUUAGGAAAUAGUUACAGCCAUCAAUGGAAAUAUUCAUUGAAGAAUACUUUGAGUAACAUUCUCACACAACCUUGCCUGGUGGCAUAACGUCACUGUACAGACAGCUUUGGAGUAACUUGCAGUACAGUUGCAGGAAAAAUUUUGUGAAUGCUUUGGAAUUACCUGGAUUCACAAUAAUAGACAAAAGCUAACUGUAAAGCCUGGAAAUCUGAUUGCAGAUGGGAUAGAUCCAGGGCUUGAGUGGGGGCUAUGGAAUACAAAACUGUAUCAUCUGCAUAAAAACUGGAUUUUGAGUGCUUUAUUGUUGAGCAGAUAUUAUUUAUAUAAAUAGUAAACAGGAGCAGCUCCAAUUGUGGAAAUUCUUUAUAUACAGUUUCAAGAAAAAGUUUGUGAACCCUUUGGAAUUACCUGGAUUUUCGCACUCAUUAAAUGUAAUCUUCAUUCAAGUCACAAUAAUAGACAAACACAUUCUGCUUAAAAUAAUAACACACACUCAAAUGCACUUUUGAUGUCUUUAUUGAGCACAUUGUCUAAACAUUCCAGUUCAGGCUGGAAAAAUAUGUGAUCCCUUGUAUCUAGUAACUGGUAGGACAUCUUAAGCAGCAAUAACCUCCUACAAAUGUUUCCUGUAGCACAAUGGUAAGGAUGAAUUGUAGACCAUUUAUUUUUACGAAACUGCUUCCGUUCAUUGAUAUUUCUCAGAAUUUGUGCAUGAGCAUCCCUUUUCAGGUCACCCAAUCACAAUUGGGUUGAAUCUUGAAUCCUGAAAUCUUCCAUUUAAACCACGCUGUUGUCGAUUUACUCGUGUUUUGGGUCACUGUCUUGCGGCAUCAACCAGCUUCUAUUAAGCUUCAGGUGAUGGACUUCUACCCUAGCAUUCUCCUGUAAAAUUUAUUGAUACAAUUUUGAAUUGUUUGUUUCCUCGAUAACUACAAGCUUUUCAGGCCCUGAGGCAGCAAAGCAGCCCAAAGCCACGAUGCUACCUCCACCAUGCUUCAGAGUCGGGUUGAGGUUUUGGUGUUGGUGAGCAGUGUCCCUUCAAACAUAGUGUUGUGCAUUUCUGCCAAAAAAGUUAAACUUUUGUCCCAUCCGUCCAUAGAACAUUGUCCCAGAAGCGUUGUGGAAUAUCAAGGUGGUCUUUUGCAAACUUGAGACAUGCAGCAGUGUAUUCUUGGAGAGCAGUGUUUUUUUUUUGUGGCAUCCUCCCAUGAAUACCAUUCUUGUUUGGUGUUUUUCUUAUAGUGGACACAUGAACAGAGACUUCUGCAAGUUCAACAGAUUUAUUCAGGUCCUUUACUGUUUCCCUAGGGUUCUUUUUGACCUACUUCAGCAUUGCACCCUGUACUCUUGCUGUGAUCUUUGAAGGAUGCCCACUCAGGGAGAGUAGCAACAGUACUGCAUUUCCUCUAUUUGUGGACAGCUUGUCUUACCGUGAAUUGAUGAAAACCCAGGUCUUUAGAAAUGCUUUUGUAGCCUUUUCCAGCUUUAUGUGUCUCUACAAUUCUUUUAUGUUCCUCUGAAAAUGGUUUUGUUCAGGGCAUGGUUUACAUGAACAUAUGUUUCUUGAAAACACCAGACUGUCUGUAACCCACCUUUGUGUGCCUUUUUUUAUUGGGCAGAGCACCUCCAACCCACACCUCCAAUCAUAUCUCAUUGAUUGGAACACCUGACUCCAUUUAGCUUUUGGAGAAGUCAUUAACCUAGUGGUCCACAUACUUUUUCCAACCUAGACUGAAUGUUUAAAUGAUGAAUUCAGUGUUGACAAGAAGUACAAUUGUUUGUUUGUUAUUAGACUAAGCAGAUUGUGUUAGUCUAUUACUGUGACUUUGAUGAUGAUGAUCAGACCACAUUUAAUCAACAUGACAUUUGAUCCAAUAAAUGUCUGCUUCAGAAAUACACAAUUUAUUUUGCUGUAAAUGAUAACAGGAUGUAGUCCCACUGUCCCACCAAUUAGUCAUUUUUGGUAACCAUUGGUUAUAGCUAAACUGAAAGAAAAACGUGUGCACAUGUAGGCAGAUGAGAUAAAUCAAUGUACCCCUGAACUCUACAUACCUGCACAAAAGUAGCAUGGGCACCAUUAGCACUCGUGCAUGAGCUCUCUCUCACUCCCAACAGAAAACAAAAGACACACUAAUGAGGACAAUGCCUACAGGUCCGUGAUUGAAAGAGAAGGGUGAUAGUCUAUGUAUAGAAUAUGGUGGAUUGUUUGUGUAUCUGUGUGCAGGUAUAUGUGCCUGUGAGGAUGUCUGUGUGCAUGCACAUCACUGAGCCAAUUUGAAAGAUGGGGAAUAGAAGAAUAUGUUUAUGAUGGGAAGAGAGAAGGGAAGAGCAAUAGUGUGUGUUGGAAACUGUGGUGGUCAAUCUGAGGUUUAUUUCAUCAUCAGUGACGUGCAUCUUUUCAGGGGGUGUAACAUCCAGCUGUUGCUCUCAUUCCAUUUCAGGUUUGUGAAAGAGCGCAGACCAUCAGUUUCACCUAACUUCAAUUUCCUGGGCCAAAUGCAAUAUUUCCAGGGUACCUUAGCUCCAACGGGCUGCAGAACCAAGACACCUGCUCAGGUCAUUCAGGUUCCAGAUACAGGCCCCACCUCUGCCAAGACAUCUGGAGAUGUUUGCUAUCCUGCUCUGUUAAUUUUACCUAAUCAGGAUACGCAUAUCCUGGAUGUUCCAAAGGACCACUUUGUUUCUAAAGGCUUUACAGAAGAGAGUCAGCAGUGCACGUUCUGUGACAGUUCUAAUCACGUCAAUGGCAAUUUUAUCCAGGGCUAUAUACAGUGUGCUGAAAUAAACCAUACUCAUGUUGCAACCAAGAACUUAAACCGAGAGAACCCAAAUGAAGCAACAGAACUGACUGCCUCUCUUUCUGACAGAAUCAAAGCUCUCACUCUUUCCCUUGAUAAUAAAAAGAUUCAGGGCUCCUCUGAAAUUCUGAUUCAAAACCAACAUUCAUUAAAUAAUAUCCAAACAAAUCCAUGUCUAAAACCAACAGAGUUAAAAGUACCACCAGGAUCUACCUCUCGUUCAGAUCUACGGAAAACUCAGACUCUUGCUCUCUUCCCAAUGGAAACUGAUGGACACAAAAAGCAGGGCUCAGGGAAUGUCUGCGUUAAUAACAGCCGCCAAGAAGACCAAACAAACAGCGACUGCAGUUCCAAACAUGACCAGACGAUAGAGGCAAUUUCAUCUGCUGACAAAAAAAGGCAAAAAAUUCAGCUCCAAAUAAUUUGUUAGCUCCCUCUGAAAAGUCU